UAAAGUUGCAACACUGAUUCAUUUAUGUGACGUCAUUAUGGCCUGGUUGGGUUAGGUUUGCUUGGAAAUUUUUGUUAAAAUCUUGUUUAUUGUAUGUUGUGCUACUUAUUUUAGAUUAGUAAUAUAAAUACCUCAUAGAGUAGCAGAAAUCCUGGUGCCAAGAAGUGUUUGUUUCGACGACAUUUUCUGGCGAAAAUGAAUCGCCAUGAAGGAGUCAGCUGUGAUUCUUGUUUGAAAAAUAACUUUAGAGGACGAAGAUACAAGUGUUUAAUUUGCAUCGACUACGAUUUAUGCGCUGCAUGCUACGAAUCUGGCGCUACCACUAAUCAACAUACAACAGAGCAUCCAAUGCAAUGUAUUCUCUCAAGGAGUGACUUUGAUUUAUACUAUGGAGGUGAGGCACUGGCCUUGGAACAGCCUCAAGCAUAUACUUGCCCGUACUGCAACCGCAUGGGGUUUACAGACACAGCUCUCAUGGAACAUGUCACUGCCGAGCAUGCCGACACCACCCUGGCUGUGGUCUGCCCUGUAUGCGCCUCAAUGCCUGGAGGGGAACCAAAUUUUGUGACUGAUGACUUUGCUGGACAUCUCACCCUGGAACACCGGACUGGACCCAGAGAUUUAAUAUCAUUUCUCGAUGAGCCGAGCGGCAUCCGGCACGGCGGCGUGCGCCGCAUGCCGCACUCCGGCCGCGGCGUCAGUCGCCCAAGACGCACCAAUAUGCAGUUCAGCACGAGCGGCGGCAUAGCCUCGCUGUCGCCGUCGUCGCGCGACGCGGUGGUGGACCCGAUCGCGGAGUUGCUGUCGCAGCUGUCGGGUGUGCGGCGCGGGCCUGGCCAGCCCGGCACGCCCAGCCAGCUGCAGCAGCUGCAGAUGCAGCUGCAGCUGGAGCGACAGCAGGCCACGGCGGCGCGGCAGCAGCUGGAGCGACUGCCGCGGCGCGGCUGCGCGUCGUCGUCGGGGAGCGCGGCGGGCGCGGCGCCGGCGCAGCAGCCGCCGCCCGUCGCCGCGCCCGCGCCCGACCAGCCCUCCGCCUUCCUGCUGCAGGGCUUCCUAGGAGUAACAAACAGCCGCGCGGCGGAGGAAGCCUCGUCGCGCGCGGCGCUGCUGCGCGGGCUGAUGCUGGCGUCGCUGGGACGAGCGCCGCCGCCCCCUCCCGCGCAGCCCGCGCCGCCGCCCGCGCCUCCGCCCCCCGCGCACCGCGCACCGCCCGCCUUGCCCCGCGCUAAGCCGCAGCCGAGGACCAAAGGAGCCGACGAGUCCGUGUUCGCCGACAAGGAAGACGUUUGUUCGCCAGUAACCAGGAAAUGAUGUCGGCAGGAGGCGGCGGCGCGCGCGCUGGCGCCGGCGCGGCUGCCCGAGCGCAGCUAGGGGCGCCGCAGGGGCUCGCCCGCACCCGCAUCCGCACCCAGGCGGUAGAUGAAACUAUUUAAUGUUUACUCGUUAGAUAUUACGGUAGUCUAUGUAUUAUUUAUCCGAGGAACGGUCGCAGCCUGGAGUCGCGGCCGCAGUGAUGUACAUACCGCCGGUCUGACCGGACCGCGCCGAACUGGACUUGUCCUCGUUGUUUUUCGCUAACACUUAUUAGUGGACGCUUAUGUUUGUUUUGUUGGCUUUCCAAAUAUCAGUGUGAUUUCCUUUCUCGUAGUAAAUAAUAGCUAUGGAAUGUUUUAAGUAACUUAAUUACCGUAAAUACAAAAUAAUGAUCAUCGAAUAGGCAAUUUUUGUAAAUGAUUACAGACAAGAGGAGCCCCGACCGACAAUGACCAAUUUCGUUUUUAUAAAAUAAUCCAGCUUGCUUCUCCACAUGUAUCUUAGAAAUGUCGACCAGUGGCAGGAUUGUUAGUAAAUCACGUUUAUUUGUAUUGUAUUUUGUAGGUACACUCUUGAUUGUAAAUAUAACAUCGGGGCUCCUCUCCAUUCAUUUGUAAUUGAUACACAGAUGCUACUACCACAAAAAUUCACUAGCUAUUCAAAAUGCUUAUUAGUUUGAUUAUUAUACUCCAACAUUACAAAAUGUUUGUAUGUACCCUAAUUAAAUUCUAUAAUAUUAA